GUCAACAAAGGGAAGAGGUGCCGGCAGUAGGUGUGGACAGUUUACACUGAUCUCACAGAGUGCUCUCACUCUAACAGCUACCAAGAUUUUGUGAUUUACAAAGCCUUUCGAAGCCUUUGGGAAUUAGCAGCAGAGAACAAGGCCUAAAAUGGCAAACUUUGGAGGACAUGCCAUUCCUGGCUCUUUUUUCCUGCUCCUUGGCUUUUGGCUAACAGUGAAAAACAUCCUGCAACACUACUGGAGGACAAGUCAGCCUAAAGGAAGGCAGAUAACGCCGCCUUUCUCUCGAAGGAUGAACUACAUUGAGGGAGGACUUCUAAUAUUUGGUGCAUUCGUUGGUAUUAUGGUCGAACAGUUUGUGGUGGACGGCCCACACGCCCACCUCUACGACACAGAGCACAAUUCAUGGGUCAAGCUGAUGAACUGGCAGCACGGCACGAUGUAUCUGUUCUUUGGGAUCUCUGGUAUUGCACUGGUUGCCAGUACUGCGUCCAAACUGGUGCCGGCUGGUGUGGACCGCCUUGCUCUCUCCGUGGCUCUUUUUGUUGAAGGGUUUCUGUUCUACUACCACGUGCACAUGCGGCCCCCUCUGGACGCUCACAUCCACUCCCUGCUACUCGUUGCUGUGUUUGCUGGAUCGGCCAGCACCAUGUUGGAGGUGUUCAUAAGAGACAACAUUAUUUUGGAGCUCUUAAGGGGAUGCCUGUUCAUCCUGCAGGGCUCAUGGUUCUACCAGAUUGGAUUUGUUCUUUACCCACUGAGUGGACCGGAAUGGGACCUGACACUGCAUGACAACAUCAUGUUCAUCACUAUGUGCUUCUGCUGGCAUUUAGCUGUGGCCCUGCUUUUGGUCGCCUGCAUCUCCUCCGUGGUUUGGUUCACGCUGAAGCGAUUCUCGGGAAGGGGACAGGACAUAGAGAUUGGAAUGCGAAAAACAACCUCCAAUUCAAGCUCCCAGAAGGCUUUGCUUGAAGAGUCGGAAGAAGAGUGAAUGCUUAUUGUUCUUUGAGGACCAAGUCUACUGUUUGUACAAAGUAUUUUAGAUUUGUUUGGUAAGAAAACACAAACAAAAACAAUGAAACACAAUCUAUUUAAAUAUCAUCUGUAAUUAUGGUCUGUUUAAGUAUUAUAACAACACAAUAAAAACUGAAAUGC